CGGAAAUAUGACGCAUUACGACUUGGUAGCUUGGUCGAAGUUAACCACGUCUACACUGAAGAUUUUUUGACAUAUCAGUCAAAAAUGGAAUUAUGAAGAAAUGUUUAAUAGUUUAUGUUUAUAAGAUGGAAUGCAUGAUAGCAAAAAAUCUGUAAUAAAUUUUAGUUGCGACAACCCUCAUAAUGCUCGUCAAAUGCCUCGCUUGGAGUCUUUAAAUACAAAUCAUUGCACCUCUUGGCAGUGCACUCAACUUCUAAAAGUCAGUUUUGAACCUUUAUUAAGCACGGUCUAUAGCGAUGGACGUGCUGUAUUAUGGUGUACGUUCAUUCCACCAGACUUCUCAUAAAUACCAUUGUGAAAACCAUGGUGAUGUACGAAAAUUACAAUGCCCGUCCAUCCUUUAGUCACCAGUUCUUCGACCCGGCGGACUAUUUCCAGGAGUUGAGAUCUCCUAUUGCCGCGAUGGCGGCAGACCUUCCUUCAGAGGCGACAACAGUUACUAAAAAUGUUUUUUUUCGAAUAGCCACAGAAUGUUUGUCCACCCGAUAUUCUUCAAAAAAGCGGUGAGUAUCGUAUUGAAUGCGGAGCCGCUGGAAGGGCUGGAACUGCACAGAUGAGAUAAAUCCCAGGUUUUGUAUCUCGUGGUAAUGGCACCCAGCCAAAAUGAAGCAACACUUUCAUGAGGCCAUAUUUUCACAGCCCGUGUUGAUGAUUGAUGUUAGCCGCUUCGGCUUUGGGAAGCCGUAAUUGUUCUGAUAGAUUUAGUAGCAUCAUGCAUUAAGGCGAACGCUUUGUCGUCGAAGACCAAAGACAGCUUGUAUAAAAAACAGUCUAGCUACGAUGGAGUAUGAAUUUUGUAAUCUGUUCAAGUAUCAUAUUUUUGAUUUAAGAAUGCAGCUAAAGACUUCUCAACUUGAUGAAAUCCUAUUCAAUGCAUGGAGUCCUGAUUUCCGCAUUCGUGUCAGUGCUAUGGUACUUCUGAGCGUCCGAUGGAAACCUAAGGGCAUGAACCUAGUGCUAUAAUGACCAUGAAGUAGACGGUGAUGGUGAGACUUAGAGCUGCUGACAAAAAAUGUCCCACGUAUUGAACUGCCAUCCUGUAUAGUAAAAAGCAGCCAAAAAAUAUUAUGCCACAAACAUGCUUUCUUACCCACAAUUCGUUGAGCACAUCAUUGUACACACAUUUUUGCCGCGCAAAUAUCUUCCUUCCGCACUCA